AUGAACCGUCUCUUUGGAACCUCAAAAAAGACACCCAAACCAUCAUUACCCGAUGCUAUUGCUGCUACGGAUACGCGAGUGGAUGCAGUUGAGGUGAAAAUAAAAAAACUUGACGCGGAAUUAGCUAAAUAUAGAGAUCAAAUGAAAAAAAUGCGUGAUGGGCCAGGAAAGAAUGCAAUUAAAAAUAAAGCAUUACGAGUUCUAAAACAAAAGAAAUUGUAUGAAACUCAAAGGGAACAACUUCAACAACAAUCUUUCAACAUGGAACAAGCAUGUUUCACCAACGAAAAUUUACGUAAUGUAAUUUCCACAAUUGAUGCAAUGCAAAUCGCUAACAAAGAAAUGCAAAAACAAUAUAAAAAGAUAGAUAUAAAUAAGAUUGAGAGCAUUCAAGAUGAUAUGGAAGAUUUGUUUGAACAAGCUAAUGACAUACAAGAAUCACUUGGAAGAACAUAUGGAGUCCCUGAGGAGAUCGAUGAUGAGGAAUUGGAAGCAGAAUUGGAUGCUUUGGGAGAGGAAUUAAAUUUUGAGGAAGAGGAAGAGCCAUCAUAUUUACAAGAAACACCUGAACCAAACGCUGGACUUAAUGAAUUGGAAGGAACAGAGAGCACUAAAGUAGAUGAACUGGGAACACCAGAAAAUCCAAUUAGAAAUGUUGCAUAG